AACUUUGCUAUGCAAUUGCUACUUGUUCAGUAGAGAAAACAGAUCGUGAGCUUAAUGAUUCUUUAAUAUGAUCGGUUCUUGCCUUUAGAUCUUCGCUAGAUAUAAUUCAGAAGCUAAUCAUUAUGCGCUCACUGAUCUGCUAUCUCUGCUGCACGCAGCUGUUGUGUUUGCGAGUUUUAAUGGAAGAAUUCGCUCUGUCAAUACUUGUUUUCUGCAAUCAGUAAGAAGAAACAGAGUCAAAGGUGAGCGCCAGGAAGGAGCAAGAUCGGUUGGGUCGGACCUAACAAGGGAAACGAACGGAUAUUUGGAAACGGCUCCGGCGGCUAUCUGCAUGUGACUGGGAUCACAGGAGCAUACAGUGGAGGCCAUGUAGUCCUCGUGACGAAGGAACUGUCCCUUCGACGCCGGGCGUCGAGCACAAAAGAUCGGCACAGCAGAGUAUUCAAGUAGGAAGACGGCGCAUCGUCCCCGCCUCAGUCCGUUUUCGACUCCACUUAAGUACUCCUUGCAAUCACGGUAGUUUGUUUCCGAAGCAAUUAAACAAAUUGCUAAAGAAAAGUAAAAAAUGGAAGUGGCAGGUGGGAUUCGAUGGGUAAAGGAGACACAAACGAAAAUUAUGAAUGACGACAAUUCAGAUCGCGUAGAACAUGAUAAUAUCCAGAAUACUGCGAGAGAAACCGUAUCAAGUGCAAAAAAUCAAAGCAACGAUAUCGAUGAAUACGUAAAAGAUGCAAACGAACGUUAUGAACUUGCAGAGGCAAGGAGCGCAGUUGAACUUAUCGAACAUAUUAUGAAGCAUACGAAAAAUAUCGUCGGUCAGAAUUCUAUGUACCCGAAGGAUUAUGACAAAUGGACGAACGAAGAAAAAUAUGAACAUGCUAUAGAUAGCAUAAAAAAGUGUAUGCCACAUGUACCAGACUCCGUAUCUUUUUUCAUACCGGCCGUAAUGUAUCGGGGAGAUUGCGGUCGAAAUUCAACGGACAAGCCGCUCUGGUUGGACAUGGAAAAGUUCCAGAGAGGUCAAAAAUUCGCGCGAGACCAUUCUUUCUCGAUCUUCAUCGCUAAUGCGUUAUCCCUUUUUGUGAUAUUCUCUUCCACGAAUGGUCUUAAACCGUUAAUUUUCAGCCGACAAUCUCAUACGCCGUAUUUAGCGUACAAAAGGUAUGUAUACAUGAUGGUUUCGGUAAAAUCUCUUAGAUCCGAAUUAAUUUAUAAUUGCGUUGCUUGGGAACCAAAACUAGUGUUCGAACGUUCAGAAAUAGUUAAAUUAAUAGAUGAAUCUUGAGAGUAAAUA